CCUUCCGGGGGAAGAGGGGGAAGACAUGGUAAGCUUCUUCAGGGUUCUUGCUUUUAUUGUUUAGAACAAACGUUUUUCGGUGUAUCAUCAGGUAUCAGGUACCUUACCCAGAGUACCUAGAACAGGUAACUCUCGCCCAUGAAUGGCUUGCGGUACGAGGAGAGUGAGUCUUUGUGAUCUCGCAAAGUUUAUUUUCUCUUUUGUGUCGUUUUGCUUUCUUCCGCUUCAUCAUUGCUUCUUCAUACCUGAAAGGUACGAUGUUUUGCGGGUCCCCCCCCAUUCCCCCAUUGGUCUCCUUACAGCUGCAAAGCAUUCGGAAUCAGGCUCGCCGCCUCGGGAUCUAAGGAAGAUGGGUUUAGUAGCAAUAGUCAAGUUUCUCCAUCGUUGGAAAAUGAUGCUGCUUUUGCCAAUCAUUGCAAUCAGAGGCUUGACAGACAGCACUAGCAGCUCACUGAAGAAGGUUGACAAAUAACUCCAGAUUUUCUUCUUCCCACAGACACUCUUGGCAUUCCUAUAGUAAGAUCCACUAUAACUGCUUUCCCAUGAAUUCCAGGCUGGUGACUACGAUUCAUCACGAGUACGGAGUAUUCUUCUGACCUCUGUAGAAGUCG